AUGCCGGCUAACUACACCAAAGCUGCUGCGACUUACUUGUCAGGUCUGCGCGCUGGUAUUGGUCCCUCUCGCACAGCAGCUUGUUUACGUGCCGGACUGACAGUACACACCGUGGAAUGUGCUUUUUCACAACGUCUCUUCAACUUGUAUCGUAUGUACUCAUCAGCCUUAUCGGUCACAGCACCUGGCCCCGAUGGAACUAUGGAGACACCUAUGUCGGUAGCAGCACCAUCAGGCCUCGCAUCAUUAGAUCCUACUAAUAUAAAAAAUAUCAUCAGCAGCGCUAGCAAAAAUACCGCUUGUGUUGCUGUUGUGACAGCACCAAGUAAUAUUAAUCUGGGAGGUGUUUUGGUCGAGCCAAUCCAAGACGAUUCAGAAUUCGACAUCAACUUCGAAGAUGCUCGAGAAGUUACCAGAGCACCUAAUGAAUCCUCUAAAUGUCCACUCAGUCAGUUGGGCGUGGCAUCCACUGAUCGAUUAGCUGCCACCGUUGCUUGGGCAGAAGCACAAGCGCGUGCGGAACUCUCAGAAUCCAAUCGGUUAACUAGCUUUCCAGCAAGUUUAUCGAGUGCUGGAUAUGUCAGUUGCGUACCACCAGGGACUCGGCACGUCGUCCUCGAGGUAUGUUAA